CAGACAGUGAAAUCGAACGGUUGUGAGUUGUGAGUAAACAGUUUUUUUACAACACGCUAAAGAAAAGCUAAAAUGGAUAAGUGGCUACGACCGGUGUUUUUAAAUCUCUUGGAGAACAAGAAAUUUUGCGACUGCCAAAUAUUGGUGGGAAAAGAAUCUUUCGAUUGCCACAAGUUGAUUUUGUCCAGUGCAUCGGAGUUUUUUGAGCGCAUGUUUCUGAGCGAUUUCCAAGAAUCCCAGUCGGGCAAAUUCCGCCUGAGCGAGGUGAAACCGCAAACGUUCGCAGAGUUCCUUACAUAUGUGUAUACUUACAACAAGAAGGAUCUGGAGGAGAAACCCAGCUUGAUGAUAAUGGAGCUACUUAGCUGUGGAUCCACAUGGCUUGUGUCUUCUAUAGUCUCCGAUUGUGAGGAGAUCCUCAAGGCCAGGGCUCCCAGUAUGGUGAUCAGCGAGGUUGUCGAGCUUUUCCAGUGCGCCCACAACAUAGACAACAAGGAGCUUAUCGACAUUUCUAAAAAUAACUUGUGGAACCGUUUUAAAACCACCAUGAAUUGCUACGAUGCACUGCUUCUGACCUCGGAUGUCUUUGAGCAGUACGUCAUUAUGGCCGAGGGCUACUUGACCGAGAUCGAGCGGUUCAAGAUGAUCCAGUCUUACAUAACCGUUAAUGGAUUGAUCCACCAUGAGACAGCCGAGCCUUCACUGGAUGUCGUUGACGACAAGAAAAAUGAAAAUGACACUGGUGUUGGUGACAUGGCAAUACCAAAAUCCAGUUCUGAGGACAGCGAGGACGAAGAUCCACAAACUGAGGGCGAGCCCGGAACUUUAAAGGCGAUUUGCGAUAAAGACAAUGAUCUCCUGGAUGAGGCCAAGGAUAGCAAGAUCAAACUCAUACACCGUAAAUACAUAAAAAGACUUCUGGGCUACAUUAAAUUCAACAAUGUGACUUCAAGAGAUUUUUACAACGUAGUUGGCAAGUCCAAUUUGUUGAAUUUCAAAGAAAAAUACGAUGCCCUAUACCUAACUACUAACUAAACCAUAUAUUGGUUUAUUUCAUGUACUUAAACUGGACAGUACUAAAAAAUGAAUGUAAAAAUAUUUCAUACAUAUUUUCCAGAAUCAGAAACAUAAAUCUAAAAUUAAGAUGCUAAUAAGAAUUUACAAUUUUAUUUCCUAUGUUGAACCUUUUCUUUAAAUAAAGCU